AUGGUGCCUGCAGACCGGCUGAUGCACAGCUACGGCCUCCAGGGUGAUGCCGGAGGGAUGGCGCCGAUGCCCGAGUAUCAAGGUGGCUGGUGGGGCCAGCAAGUCUACCAGCCCCAGGAGCAGAUGGCGGGCUUCUACCAGGACCACAGCCUGGCUCCACAUCCGGUCUUCCAGCCUGCAUGUGCCAAAGCAGCGUUGCCAGGGGCCCAAUGGGCAAUGCAGCAGAUGCAGUCCCUACCUCUACAGCCUUCUCAAGCUCGUCCUGCAGCGGGGCCGUUUCAGGUGUCUCCGGAGUUGCAACAUCAGCAGCUGCAAAUGAUGGCGGUCAAAGCACCAGAGAGAACGCCUGAACCACCGGCACCUCCGGAUACAGAAGUGGUCACAGAGCCAACAUCCCGGUUGGAGGUGCCUGCAGAUGCUUGUGGGGGCACAGCAUUCCCGACGCCGCGAAGCACAGAGGUCCCUCCGGACCGCAGUGACGAAGGCGAAGUGGAUCGAACAGAGGAGCAGAGGUCUCGCCUCAGUGCCAGCGCAGCUCGCCGCCUCCGCCGGAAGCGCGCCGCUGAGCGCGCGCAGCGCGAGGCCGACCUCGCCCUCCCCGGUACUAUAUUUCCCGAGCACUGCGAGCAACUCCGGGAGCAACUGCAGAACGGCAGCGGAGAUGUCCGAGACAUCAUUCGACGCCUUCGUGGACAGGUUUGGUCGCUCUCGCGAGAUGCUCACGGUUGCCGGCUAGUUCAACAGGUUCUCGAAAUGGCUGGUCAGCGUGAUGCUUACGAAGUCGCCAAGGAGCUGGACGGUCACAUCUUGGAGGCCGUAAUGUGCCCUCACGGCAAUUAUGUUGUGCAAAAGAUCGUGUCCCAGCUUUCCGUGGCCUCCAGCGACUUCGUUGCACGAGAUCUUCAAGGCCAUGUGGUGCGAGUUGCGAAACACCGUUUCGCUUGCCGGAUCCUAUGUCGCUUGUUAGAGUUCUGUGGUUCGAGUGCUCGCACCUCGGAGCUCGUGGACGAGCUGCUGCAGGAAGCAGGCCCUUUGUGUUGUCAUAGUUUCGCGCACCAUGUGAUCCAGUCCGUACUGGAGCAUGGACUGGACAAGCACAAGGAGAUUAUUGCACUGGCCCUGAACGGGGACCCGAUGAAAUUUGCUACGCACAAGAACUCCAGCUACCUCAUUGAGAAGGCCCUUUGCUACUGCAGCGCGGACGACAGGUACACGCUGAUUGACCGGCUCGGCUCUCCGAAGUCUCUUGUGGAGCUGGCGUACACGCAGUAUGGCUGCUAUGUCGCGAAGGCGAUCCUGUCCUUGGAAGAUCGCCAGAUCGACAAGGAUGCGACAAUGCAUGAGCUCUGGAAGCAACGGAAGGAGCUGGAGCGCUUCAGGCAUGGCCAUCGUCUCUUGGAGGAUUUGGGCCUCAUUGCUGGCGAGGUGACGACGAAGUGGCGUCCAACUGAUGAUCGCCUUUUGGCGGAGAUGCCUUACCCGCCGGAGUACUGA